AUCUAAUCAUGAUAAGUUUCCAAACUUCACCGACUCUUCUCCUGUUAUUUAUAUUACAUGUCCACUAUGGAUGAUACUUCUAUCCGAACUUCUCAUCCCAUUCGAAUUCACAGCUUAUUAUGUAUCUCAUCUUCGGUCCCCGUCUGACAUUCCCUGUUUAAAAAUCGCGCGCUUACUGUCGGUUCACAUUUCCCCUCACUCGCCAGCCACACGUACAUCUCGCGUGAUUGAUUUCCUUGUUUUCACUCUCUGAUCCGUACCUGCCAGCUAGCUUUCCACGGACUACUCCAUUGACUUUUCUUGACGAUUAGACUGUUCGCGAAGACCAUGAUUUGUUAAUAUGUUGUCGGACAAGUGAGCAGUCGUCAGAAUUGGGGGAAAUCCAUAUCAUACCUACAUCUUUUUCCGGUGUCCGUUUAUAUUCAGAGUACAUACAUAAACCAAACACAUACAUCAAGAUGGCGAGGAUCAAACCGGGUGUAUUUUCCUGGGAGGAUGUGCUGGCUCAGCGGUAUCAGAAUAACAAACCGACCCCAUUGCCUAAGGCUAGAAGAGCCAGCACACUUUCGGGUCGAGCCCAAGCCGAAAAACAGCCAGACUCCGCAUCGAAUUGGACUGUGCAGGCACAAAGUCCUUUGUUAGCGAAGUUGUCGCCAGAGCUCCGCCUGAUGAUCUGGGAGAUGGUCCUGGGUGGGAUGCGCAUUCAUAUUGUACAGCUGUCCGAUCGCCGGAUGAGCCACGUGGCAUGUCCUCUCACGGACAUCUGUGACAUCUGUCGGGGGGAUUCAUUGCAGCCGGUCAAAGGAAAGGGUCGAUCGAUCAGUCAUCUGUUGGCACUUCCGAUGACGUGCAGACAGCUGUACUCUGAAUCUAUCUAUCUACUUUACACUAUAAACACCUUCGAGUUCAGUAAUACCUGGUCUCUCACUUACCUCCGUCCAACCAUCCCCCCGAAUUUCUGGGACGCAAUCCGCGAAGUUGAGCUUCGUUGGGCAUUUCCGGGCCAUUGGCUCCCUAGCAAGGAUCCCGUCAAAACAGUCUAUUUCUCCGCGGGUAGGCAGCAGUGGAUAGAGACCUGCAAGGCAUUAACACGGAUGAAGAGUCUCCAAACCUUCACACUGCAGCUUAGCGGGAGCUGGUUCUGUGAACCGGUGGAAAAGCUCCCGGUUUUCUUAGCUCCGUUGCGGGAUCUGAAUCUCCAGCGUGGAUGGAAGUUGCAGUUACCUAAGCAGCCGUAUUAUGCGAAGGAGAUCCGAAGCAUAGACGGGGAUCUACGCAAGAGAGGCAUCGAUUGUUUAGUUCGGGCGGCGUGAGCUAGAGCUGUCGCACAUGUUAUCUUUCCUCUUUUUUACGAGGGUCUGAUUCAUCAAUAUUGGUCCUGGGUUUGCGCUUGAUAGCCGUCUUACUAUGCUAAUAGGUGCAUACUGCGCAGGUCAGCCGUCACCAUAGAGAUGGAACCCUGGUACAAAACAGAGUCUCCGAUUCAGCAGGCAUUAAGAUGACUAGUGAUAUAGCAUGCGUACAUACAAAGAGAAAAGCACGAUCUCCACCGGAGGUCCCAAAUAAUGCUAAUAUCAAUUUCGGGGCAAAAAGGGACUUUGAAUCCUUCAAUAUCAGCCCAGCGUAAGCCCCGAGUUGCCGACGACCAUUGCGCGUCGUUAUUGGAGCAAAGUUUAUAUAGCCUAAACGGGGGUAAUAGGAAGGAUUCCUACCGAUAUUAAUUCAUGCAGCAGAGUCAAGGCUGAUGGUUCUCUAUGGCCAGGUUUAGGUGUUAUCAGAUGUAAUGCAAGUAAUCCAGCACAUCCGAGCACUGCGUAGAGUUGAUCGGCCUGUUGUUACCUGAAUAGGAAUAUCUUACCUCAGGUUAGUGCCAAUAUCAUCUCAAAUGAGGUGUACCAAAAAAUAAAUAGAAGAAUUAAAAGGAUAUUACACACAAUCGAAUCCAACGUUCUAU